GAAGCAUUACUUUCAGCAAGGGCACUUACACUGGAUGCCUUAUCAUAUGCAAACGAGAUCAGACGAGAUCAAGCACUUAAAUGUAUCAACCCUAAUCAUACAGAACAACAAACUGACGUGGUUUUUGGCAACGAAUUACAUGAUAUCAUUAAAAAAGAAGAUGAUAAGGUCAAAUUUAUUAAUAAUGCACUUUCACAAAAACGACGUUCAGAAUCAUUCAAUAAACAACAACGGGGUCAUAACAACAAUAAAUCUUUUCGUGGAGGUUCUAAAUCAAACCGUUACAAGACACUCAAAUCCAGGGAUAUUGGUGGAAAAUUACAACGGUUUACGCAAGUUUGGCAAUCAAAAUUUGGCGAUCAUUGGGCAUCAAACAUAAUACGCGAAGGAUACAAUCCUAUUUGGGAAACACCACCACCAUUAUCCAAGCAAUUAAUAACAAAACCAAACCAAGGUUCAAACGAAGACAUGUUGCAAUCGAAAAUUAUUGAAAUGUUAACCAGUGGA